AUGGGGCAGACCCGGCUUUGGAAGAGCGCGGCCCGGACGCUCAGCGCUACCCCGGGCCGCAUCCCCGCAUCGGCCCCGGCCAGCCGGGGACACCGCCUGGCGCCAGCGCCCGGAGGAGUUGGCAUCCCAGAUCAGGCUUAUAACAGACGCUCGUCCUCUGGUUCUCUCCUUCCAGGUCUCUUCACUUGUGGAGGUUGCUGGUCCCGACCUCACGUUCUGGAGGAUGGAGGCCGGGCGACCGAGUCGGUCCCCGCAGCCGUCCCCACCUUUGCGGACCGUGUCGCUUCUCUGUCACGCCGCCUGCAAGACGCGGAGGGCGACAGAGAGGAGACGUACCGAGAGCUGGAGAGAGCCGUGCAGGACGAGGACGGCCGCUUGCCCAGCGCUGUCCUCAGCAGGGUGAUCGCAGCGGCGUCAAGGGACGUGAGAGAGGCGCAGGGCGUGACGGAGGACGUGCGGGCAGCUGCCAGCGACCUCCUGGUGGCUCUGGCACGCUGCCACUUCGACAGCGUCAUGUGCGAGCUCCAAAGCCACCUGAGAGUCCUGGGAGGGAUCUCGGAGGACUUUGUGUUUGUCACCCUGGGCAAGCUGGCCAGCAGCUACGCGCUGCGGUGCGUCCCCUUCAUUGGAAUGACGCUCUUCACCCUGCGCGCGAUGCUGAGCCGUGUGGGGAGCAGCCGGACCCUGCGCGCUGUCUGCAGCGUCCUGGAGCAGUGGCCGAAGGCCGCAAACAGCUACCUGAGCCGCUGGGAGAAAUGUCCCAUCCCGCGCGUGGGGGAGGCCCAGUUCUGCAGCAGCGUUUACCCGCUCUUCUGCCACGUGGUCGGGAGCUGGCUGGACUGCGAGGAGGAGGAGGUCAAGCAGGCCGUCCUGGGGGCGAUGGCUGCCAUGAUGGGCCUCCUCCUGCAUGAAGAGGAGCACCGUGAGCGGGUGUGGGAGCAGCUCCCCUGGCUCCUGGGCCAGUACCAGCAGGUCCAGGACACUUCCUGGGUGACCAAGGGUCUUCGUUAUUUUCUUGAAAUACUGGGAGAAGUGAAGAUCCCCGUCCCCAAAGCCAAGGUGCAGGCCAUCGGCACCGCUGUGCACAGCCAGCUCAGCGAUGAGACGAAGCAGCACAGCGGGGAGCACCGGUCGGAGCUGCGCUCCUGUGUCCUGCUGCUGGCCCGAGUUAGCCUGGAGGACACAGUGACGUUUCUGGGGUCACAGCUGGGGAGCAAGAGCGAGGCCGCCCGCGUGGUGUCCUUGGAUCUGCUCAGAGCCCUGGUGCGCCCUGCAGAGCGGCAACCGCAGCCUCCUCGGCGGCAGGUGGCGAGGGCAGUUCUGCGCUUCACCAAGGAGCUGCUCGGCUGCAGCGUCCAGAGCUGCUCGGCCUGGGAGCUGGUGGCCCACGUCUUCGCCAGGUUCAGCCAGGCCUCCGGCAGACUGGCGGAGGGAAACCUUUCGGAGGCAGAAGCACAGGAGGAAGCAGAUCUUCAGGCCCUGUGCUUGGACAUCCUGCACUCCCUGGAUGUCUCCAUCAAGGGGAUGAGCAAACUCUUGUGGCCGCGGCUCCUCCAGUACGUGGUGCCAGCCCAGUACACGGGCACACUGGUCCCGCUCUCCCGAUGUCUCCGAGAGCUGGCAGAGAGACGGGAGAGCGCGGAAGGCGAGGACGGAGAGGAGGAGCCCGAUGCUGCGGCCGCUCGGGAUCAAGCCAGGCUGCCGACGCCGCAGGCCCUGCUGGCUCGCCUGCUGGUGAGUAGGGCCCUGGGGAAAGGCUCCCGGGGCCUCAAGGCAACAGGAGAGGUGGGGGCAGAGCCGCUUCGCGAGCCGGGGCCAGCAGCCUCCGGGCAGGAAGGGGCGUGCGAGAGCGAGUCGGAGCCUCCCCUGCCCCGCAGGGACCCCGCUGCGGUGGUGGCGGCGGCUCCUCACGCCGGCGGCGGCUGCGGCAUCGCUGCUCUGCGGCUGCUGCAGGCCUUGUCCACGGAGAUCCACGGCGCCGUGGGCAUGGUGUGGGCCGUGAAGAUCCCCUUCCUGCUGGAGCACCUGGCAGAGAGAAGCAAGAGCUCCCUGGACUCUGCUGAGUGGGAGCAUCUUCUGCUUAAGUUCCUGAGGACGUCGCUGGAGACCAUCGAGAGCCAGGCCUGGACCAUGGCCUUCAGCUUCGAGCUGAACCAGCAGGCGGGCAGCUACUGCCGGCUCUCCCGGGAGCAGGCCUUCCUCUACAAGGCUGUCGGGGUGUCCCUGGCAGCCUGUCAGCACGUCCCCUACGUCCGCGGGGAAAUCCGGAAGUACCUCUUCCAGACAAACUAUUUGGAGGCGUCUGAGAGAGAGGCAAUGAUUUCUGUUGUCGCCGGCUCUGCUGAGAGCCACUUCCCCCUCGCCUUGGAGGUGGUGCACGAGUUCGGGGCUACAAUGGAGGAAAGACCAGUGUCCGGGGCUUUCAGACGCCUCAAGGAAUACCACCAGGGGAAGAGAGCGGGGACGCACACGGCGCUGGUGCUGGCCUACGGCCGGAUGGCGCUCUGCGCCCCCCGGGAGCAGCUCCUGGCCCGCGUCGAGAGCGACGUCGUGGGGCCCAUCCUGCGGCACUACCGCGCCAGCUGCCAGGUGCUGGGCUUCACCUUCUCCACCAAGUCCCCGAGGCGCCCGGGAGCCGUAGUCGCCCCUGUGUGCCGUGCGUUGGGGCUGGGCUCCGCGCCGCACCGCUCUUUCGGCCCCUGGCGCUGCGAGGAGCCCGUCAUCGGCGCCGCUGUGUUUCUCUCUGCCGGGACGCAGGACGUGCAGCUCAAGCUGGCGCUGGUGCGGAGCGUCGCCGAGGUCAGCCGGGCCAUGCAGGGGGCGGGGGGCUCCCAGCGCGCGGAGCUCUGCUGCAAACGGGAGCUGCUGAGCGUCCUGCUGGGCUUCGUGAGGGCCGAGCCCCGGGAUUGCCUGGCGUCCCCGGUGCGCCAGGAGGCGUUUCUGGCCGUGGGGCACCUGAGCAAACUGAAGCCGUCACUGAGCCGAGAGGAAAGCCGCGACCUCCUGGAUCAGUGCCUGCAGAGCGUGAUGCCCCUGCCUGCCCUGGAGCCGGCGGAAGAGGAAGGGGUGACAGCGGCGGGCGCUCUGCACCUGCGGGCUCUGCACGCUCAGACCAUGGGGGCGCUGGGCGAGCUGGUGACGGCGCUGCUGGAGGAAGACCUCACCUCCAGCUGGCUCGUGGAGAUGCUGCACGUGCUGGAGUACUGGCUCAGCUCGGCCCGCGAGUGGGAGCGGGAGAGGGCCCUGCAGGCCUGCGCCCAGCUGCUGGGCGCCUACGAGGAGCGGUUCGAGCUCACGGGAGAAAAUUCUUUCGGGCUCUUUGGCUCCACGGUGGGACUGCUGGCACCUUUCGUCUGCGACUCGCUGGCCACGUCCCGCCAGCGGGCAGGCGCCUGCCUCGGCCACCUCCUCCGCAUACAAGGCAAGGCCCUGGAGACGACGGCCGAGGAGGACGAGGUGCAGUCCCUGUGCCAGCGGCUGCGAGCCCCCGACGCCGAGGCUCUGCUCCAGGCGUCCUCCAGACUCUCAAAGAUCGUUUGCAAAUACAUCCCCCCGGCGCAGGCGGCGGAUUUCGUUUCUGCCGCCCUGGACGGGAUGCUGUCGGCGAGGGCGGCGUGCGCUCAGGGAGCUGGCGAGUGGCUGCUCGCCUUCCUGGAGACGUGCGGGGGACAGCUGCUCAUGCAGGUGCGAGGGACGCCUUUCCCUGGGCUUCGGCCUCCCCGCCUCAGCCGCUGCCGCGCACCUCGCGCGCCGGCAGCCCAAUGCCAGAGCUGCUCUUCGCCCGGCGACACCGACCCUCCUGGGUCCCAUCCUCCCGAUGGCUCCCGCGGCCGAGGCCCCUAG